AUGCCAGAGGAGAACAGUAAAUCAUCCUUACUAGAGGACAGAUACAAUCACAUCCCAGAGAGACAGACCCCUACAGUACCAACAAAAGCACCUUCAACUCUGAUGGAGAAUAAUCUUCAUUCUUCUGUUUAUCCAUCUGACUCAUUCACGAAUGAGAUAUUAGGAUCGCACAGCACUUCAUUCCAGGGACAGGAAUCAUUGAAUGAACUUAAGCAACAGAUACUUUCACCAGACAAUGGAAUUACUGGAUCGGAAGGUUGCGGAGGCACUACAGCGAAACAGUUACUGGAUUCUGAGCAACCACAAACUGAAAGAUACUCAAGUUUUUGGGAAACUAUGCCCUCUUUUAAGACAGGAUUGCAUAAUGCAAACAGGGAAUCUUCAUCCUCCCACACAAGUGAGCAUAUAAUUGAAAAUAAUAACAAAGGAAGGCAAUUACUUCAGCUAGCUGAUUCGUCUAGCUUUAUCAAUUCAUUCAACUGGCAUGAACCCAUCAUUGGUGUAGAGGAUUCUGCAGCACCACCAGGAAAUGCUUUCCCAGAUUUGUACCUUCUCACUGAGGUCUCAGAUGAUCAUUUACCACUACCAAUCCCUCAACAGUGUAGACCUAAAACAUUUCUACAGCAGAAUAACUGUGGCACAAAAGAAAAUGGAGAUUUAUCUCAACGAUGGUCUACAAAAAGUGAAGAAAUUCUAGAGCUGCAAGAUGAAGUUUCAAAACUCAAGCAAAAGCUAGAGGAAAGUCUUUCUAAGUUGUCUAAUGAAUCUGCAUCACAGGAACAAAGAUAUAGGACCAGGUCAUGCCAUAAAAAGAAACCUUCACCUACAAGUAGAAGUGUGGAGGAUGUUAAAUUAACCACCAAUAGUUUAAACAGUCUUAAAAGACGGCAUUGUACUUGGCUAAGAGCAGAUGAUGAUGCUUCAGAUCGGGAACUAAGUCUUAGGAUUAUAAAUUUUAGUUUGGAGAUUGAAGUUUUUAAAAGUAAGAUAAUGGAAGCACCAGAUAACAGAAUGGAGGAUCUCUUAUUUUCUGACACACAGAUAUCGCUGUACACAAAACAAAGUUUGCUACAGAAACCAAGAAUAGCUCAUCAUAGACGAAGUUAUUCUGAAGGUCAGGAAUCAAACAGGACCUGGUUAAAAGAUUCACAUAAUGGCUUAUGCUCAUCAACAAAUUUGCAAAGACAAAGAAUGAAUAGUUUUUUGUGCAGUGAGGACACACCUCAUAAACUCUUCUCUGAAAGAUCAUCAGGUCAAAGUAAGUGUGGACUCGCUUCCAGCAAUGGAAUUUCAGCUACUGCAGCAAAUAAAUAUACUGAAAUGUUAGCAUCCAUUUCACCAUUAAGGUAUGAUGCCAUUGGGUAUCCACCAAUAUCAAAUGUCUCCAGGAUUUACUAUUCACCGACAUAUGAAAUAGACAAAAUAGGAUCAUCGUGUUUACCUAACCAAUUCUAUAGUACAAAGUCGUCACUAAGAAGUAAGAUUAAUAAAAGCACCGGUAAUCCACAGGUAAACACCGUAAUGAACUAG